AUGUCUGAUCCCUAUGGUAGGGUGACACUGAUUCUUAAGGACAAAAUGCCCUCCAAGUGUGUGAAAUGCAAGAGGAAGGAUCUAAAAGUACAGAGCAAAGGGCCGUUCAGAGGGUGGUCCUACGUGUCCUCUUGCGGGAACUAUUGCUACCAUGUGUAUUGUGUGAAGAAAUUGAUUCUGGAUAAUUGGGAAAGGGGCUAUUUCAAUGUUGGUUCGUCUUCUUCGUCUUCGUCUUCCAGGGGAAGAAGCUUGGUCAGAGGUGAGCCUGCAAGCUCAUCAAGAAGUAUGAGCUUAGAAAGUCAUAGAAGCUUGAUCACAUCAGCCACAAGCUCUUCGGCCUUGGCAAGAAGAGGCUCCUCGCGGCCACCGAUGUCAUCUUUCACUCGUGGUUUGAUCAAAAUGGCGAAAAUUGGUUUCAGCGUUAUAAUAUCAGUUCUAUUUGGAAAUCCAACCCCACUCUUUACCGCUCUGGCCGAAAACUUGCUGAAUUAA